AUGAAAAGCAUUCAUAAUCACAUUAAAACCCUCUACGACCAAGGCACCCCGCUAUUUACUAGAUGUGAACUCCAGAGCCUUAUCGCACAACUGGACAAUCUCCAAGACAAGGGAUUUAAGGAGCGAAAAAUUCACCUGACAGGUAUGAAUAAAGUGGUGGUUGAUAUCCCUAUCGAGACCGGGAAAGUCGCGUUAGAGAAUGAAACAUCUACAACUGGCUGCGAGAUUAUUAGUACUGUUCAAUACAAGCACUUACGGAGUGGCAAGAUAUUCCAUGUUUCGAUCCUAAAACAGCGUAUCUUCCAAUCAAAGUCUACUACGACCUUUGCAAUCGACAAAUCACAAGAAUGGGAAGCUAGUGAGCAAAACCGCUAUCUUCAAGAUACACUACUUUCGGUGCCAUCAUUCGUUAUUAUCAAUAAGGUCAUCGGCUUCGCUUGUGGUUCGUUAACGUUUGGUACUGAAAUUCACCGUCGCUCCGCAAUCCAACAUGCCCUUCUCUCUAGUCUCCGGAAUUACUUAUUCAAAAUAAAAGAGUCCGUUCAGAUACAAUGCUACACCCAAGAUCCGGAGUACUCGUUCAACGAAAAGCAGGCUUUGAAGGCGAUUGGGAUUAUAGCUUUAGAUGAUCCGAAAGCGUUCUUAGAAGUGGACGAUGCCAGCAUAGUGAUUUCAAUUGGUCCCGAUAUUCCGGUAAAGCAGAUUAUUACCGAUAUCGCUCGUCCCGCUGCUAUUAUAUGGUGUAAACAAAGAGAAGAGAUUUAUUAUAUGGCUGAUCCAAUGUCCCCAAGAGUGCAGGGGAUGCUUAGUACCGAGUAUAUCGAGUUGGACUUUCCUUACCACGAAUCUAUCGGAGAUGUCGCUUUAUAUUUCAGAAAAGGCUGA